AUGAAACUUUAUCUAUUUGUUCUUAUUUUUUUGGCAUUCUUUCUUUAUUAUUUUCUUUCUUUCUUUCUUUCUUUCUUUCUUUCGUUCUUUGUUUCUUUCUCCUUCAAUCACUUCUUUCCUCCUUCGAUUUUCUUUAAUCAAUUCAUUCCUUGGUUCGUAGACACUCGUUUUUUUGUCUUUCUUACACUUUCUCAAUUUUGUCAUCUAUGUAUUUGUUGCUGUUCCAUUUGCUUUCUAUCUAUCUAUCUAUCUAUCUAUCUAUCUAUCUAUCUAUCUAUCUAUCUAUCUAUCUUUCUUUCUUUCUUUCGUCUUUAUUUCUUUCUUCCUUUUUGUCUUUGUAUUUGUUGCUGUUCCCUUUCCUUUCUAUCUAUCUAUCUAUCUAUCUAUCUAUCUAUCUUUCUUUCUUUCUUUCUUUCUUUCUUUCUUUCGUCUUUCUUUCUUUCUUUCUUCUCUUUUGUCUUUUUAUUUGUUGCUGUUCCCUUUCCUUUCUAUCUAUCUUUCUUUCUUUCUUUCUUUCGUCUUUAUUUCUUUCUUCCCUUUUGUCUUUGUAUUUGUUGCUGUUCCCUUUCCUUUCUAUCUAUCCUACUUUCUUUCUUUCUUUCUUUCGUCUUUAUUUCUUUCUUCCCUUUUGUCUUUGUCUUUGUUGCUGUUCCCUUUCCUUUCUAUCUAUCUAUCUAUCUAUCUAUGUAUCUAUCUUUCUUUCUUUCUUUCCUUCGUCUUUCUUUCUUUCUUUCUUCUCUUUUGUCUUUUUAUUUGUUGCUGUUCCCUUUCCUUUCUAUCUAUCAUUCUUACUUUCUUUCUUUCGUCUUUAUUUCUUUCUUCCCUUUUGUAAAAAAUACUAUCUAUCUAUCUAUCUAUCUAUUCCAUUUUGUGCAUUAUCUAUCGCCCUCUGUCCAUUUUCUCGCACUCUCUGUUUUUUCAUAUCUAUUUAUCUCAUUUUUGUUCAUUAUCUCCCUCUUUCUCUCUCUCUCUCUCUCUCUCUCUCUGUCAGUCUUUUAA